CAGGGCAGGUGUGGGCAGAGCUGCUGUGCAGGCACAGAGAAGCUGGAGAGAGGCCACACAGAGCGGGCCUGGCCAUGUGGAGUGCCCUGUGCGUGGGCUUCUUGCCCAUUGUAGCAGUCACUGGCCAGGUGGCCUUGGAGCAGCUCCCCACGGAAGUGACCGUGCGAGAGGGAAGUGCAGUCACCUUCCACUGCAGCAUGAAGGGAGGUUAUAUGAGCAGCUACUACAUGUACUGGUACCGUCAGGUCCCACAGGGCUCUCUGGAAUGGAUUUACAACGAGGGUGAUUUAUAUGGAGAAGGUUUCCAAGAUCGCUUUAAGGCAAGAGUGGAGAGCUCCCAGAACAGCUUCACACUCCAGAUCCUGGCAGCAAAGCCAGGUGAUGCAGCAACGUAUUACUGUGGAGCAAGAAUCACCCUGGAGCAGCUCUGCAGCAGAAUGAACCAAAAACCAGCAGAUGGGGAAGACAGAUCGCUCAGCAUUUCUUUCUGGCAGCUGCUCCCCAGGGCUCUUGUCGGUCCCUCAGGAAUAGACUUCUUCAGUGUGGAUCCCUGCAGGUUCUCCCAGAGAAGCUGCUAUGACAUGGGCUACUUCUUCCAUGAGACCACAGUUCCUGUCAGAAACCGGCUGCAGCAUGAGCUCUACAUGGAGUCCCAGACCUGUUCAGGACAUAUUCAGUUGCUUCUGUGUGGGGAACUCUUUGGGCUGUAG